AUGAGAUUAGGUACAAUCCUGCUUCCCUUCUUUCUGCUCGUUUUGGUGGAUGCAACAUCAGUGGUGGAAUCUUUUUUCGAUCGAGGGUUGCAAUCUUCUUCCAAUGGCACAGAAGAAGAAGGAGGCAUGAUGAUGUUGGGUUCCAACAUGCACGACGCCACACUGCCACCGGAAAGCAACACCACUGAUGCUCCCGCAGAACCGGAAUCGCCUGGAUUCACCAUUGACGUCUCUGAAACAGGACCUCCUUUGGAUACUUCAGCGACUCUUGCCACGGACCCCCCUGCUCCCGAGGCCACUGACGCCCCACAAGCAAGUCCUUCGGCUACCGAUGCUCCCGUAGAGUCCCCGUCUCCACAAGUCGACGCAGAAGAACCAACACCAAGCCCCGACUCAGGCACGACAGCAGUGCUGUCCACAACCGGACGUUACUACGCGACAAAAAUGGUCUUGUUCCUGGUUUUGGGGUGA